GUUUUUAAUCAGAUAUCUGAUUAUUGCUGGGCGCUCCAAAUACACCACUCAUUGAGAUUUAGACUGAGCUUUCGGUAGAGAGCUGUCUAGCUUCGGUUGUUUGAGAACCGAAGUUUAACUGGCUGGCCAGCUGUAGCGAGGAAGCUAAGCUACUUUGUUCCGGUGCUGGCUAACUUGCUAGCUAGCAAGCUGGGGAACUAUUAGUUGUGACACCCCUCGCCGUUGUCAACCAAGAAAAUGGAGAAGCCAUAGUUUGACGGUGGUGCCGUUGCUAGCCAGAAUUUUCAGAUAAUAUAUUUACGAUGUUUGACGAUUAGAUACGAGGAUACAGUCGCUUGGGUUUUCGAACGAUAAGUGUUCAUGAACAACUAUAUUUAGUCAGCUAAUUAAUCAACCUGUGCGGAGAAGACAAAUUAUUUAUGUAUUUCCAACAGCAUAAUUGGAAUACACAUCGAAUAACUGCGGCAAGGAAAGCACUGUUCAAAGAAUUACAGCACAGCUGUUUUAGUUACCACAGAUUAGCUCGAUAAAUGUGCUCUACGAACCUGAGAACAAUUCACUGGAAAAUGAAACAGCAUAUUGAUGCAUGAUUCGUCCAUUUUCACGCUUUUCUGGUUUCAAGGAGUGAGCUGUCUUGCUUGUAAUUUAAUCCCAUUUUAGCGAGCAUUUUAAAAUCACCUUUUGCUAUUAAGAUGUCAUUUUAGAGUAUGCAUUUGUAGGACGUGUGUUGCGAGAUACUGAGAUGCGUUAUUGUUAAUGCAUUUAUACAAAUUCUUUAUCAGAGCAGUCUGCUUUUGAAGGCAACGCCAGUAUUCCUAUUUUUAUGAAUUUACGUUUACCCAAUUCGUUAACUAGCCAUUGGUUUAGACCAGCAGGUGGGUUAUCAUAAUAAGCUUACUGGAAGGGGGUGGGGGGCCAAAACUGUAUUCCUUAUCAAUAUUAACGUAAUCAUUACAACGGUUAUUUUGAAACUGUUGGCCUGUGACCAAAUCGUCUUCUGUCGUUUUCAUCAGACCAAAAGAGAUUGUCCAAGGAGAGACAAAUCUGAAUCUGACGAAGUUGUAUCGAUUGCUCCGCUUGAAUCUUGUGUUAUCUGUCACAAUGGCUGUUUUUUGAGUCUCGCAAAUCUAGACGAAGAAAAAGACACGCCAGACUCGAUGCUCAUCUUUGACUUCCACAAACUCUCACUUAUACAAUUUUGCUGUUGAUUCAAAGUAAUUUUUUUUCACUGGACAUUGUCAUCUGUCCCUCCGAACAUUCCCACGGCUGGUUCUGUAUCGAUUCGGUCGACCCGGGGUUGAAGAUGGCGGACCUAGAAGCAGUUCUCGCCGAUGUAAGCUAUUUGAUGGCGAUGGAGAAGAGUAAAUCUACUCCAGCAGCCAGGGCGAGUAAAAAAAUCAUCCUCCCUGAACCCAGUAUUCGGAGUGUGAUGCAGAAAUACCUGGAGGAGAGAGAUGAGCUGACCUUUGACAAAAUCUUCAAUCAGAAGAUCGGAUUCCUUCUGUUUAAGGAUUUCUGUAUGAAUGAGAUCGAUGAAGCAGUGCCCCAGCUGAAGUUCUAUGAGGAGAUAAAGGAGUAUGAGAAGUUGGACUGCGAGGAGGAGAGGUUGACCCGGAGUCGACAGAUAUACGAUGGCUACAUCAUGAAGGAACUUCUGUCCUGUUCGCAUCCCUUCUCAAAGAAGGCCGUGGACCACGUCCAGACUCACCUGUCCAAGAAGCAGGUCCCGCCCAGUCUCUUUCAGCCGUACAUAGUGGAAAUCUGCGACAGUCUUCGUGGGAAAAUAUUUCAGAAGUUCAUUGAAAGCGACAAGUUCACGCGAUUCUGUCAGUGGAAGAAUGUAGAACUCAACAUCCAUUUGACGAUGAACGAUUUCAGUGUCCAUCGGAUCAUUGGCAGGGGCGGGUUUGGGGAAGUGUACGGAUGUCGAAAGGCAGAUACAGGGAAAAUGUAUGCCAUGAAGUGUUUGGACAAAAAAAGGAUUAAAAUGAAGCAGGGGGAGACAUUGGCACUUAAUGAGAGAAUUAUGCUGUCACUGGUCAGCACAGGGGACUGCCCGUUCAUUGUAUGCAUGACCUAUGCGUUUCACACCCCUGAUAAGCUGUGUUUUAUCCUGGACCUGAUGAAUGGUGGUGACCUUCACUAUCACCUCUCCCAGCAUGGUGUCUUCAGUGAGAAGGAAAUGCGUUUCUACGCAGCCGAGAUCAUCCUGGGCCUGGAGCACAUGCACAACCGGUUUGUUGUCUACAGAGACCUUAAGCCGGCAAACAUUCUCUUAGAUGAACACGGACAUGUUCGCAUCUCUGACCUGGGCUUGGCCUGCGAUUUCUCCAAGAAAAAACCACAUGCUAGCGUAGGUACACAUGGCUAUAUGGCACCUGAGGUUCUGCAGAAGGGCACGGCGUAUGACAGCAGCGCGGACUGGUUCUCUUUGGGCUGUAUGCUCUUCAAACUCCUGAGAGGGCACAGUCCAUUCCGGCAGCACAAGACCAAAGACAAACAUGAGAUCGACCGCAUGACCCUUACUAUGAAUGUGGAGCUGCCGGACUCCUUCUCUGCCGAGCUGAAAGACCUGUUGGAAGGACUCUUACAGAGAGACGUGGCCAAGAGGCUGGGAUGCCGUGGCCAGGGAGCGACGGAGGUGAAAGAGCACCAGUUCUUCAGAGGCAUUGAUUGGCAGCAGGUGUACCUGCAGAAGUACCCUCCACCCUUAAUUCCUCCAAGGGGGGAGGUCAAUGCUGCAGAUGCCUUUGACAUCGGCUCUUUUGAUGAAGAGGAUACCAAGGGCAUUAAGCUGCUGGACAGUGACCAGGAGCUGUAUAAGAACUUCCCCUUGGUGAUAUCGGAGCGCUGGCAGCAGGAGGUGGCUGAGACGGUUUACGAAGCUGUAAACAGCGACACAGACAAAAUCGAGGCGCGCAAGAGAGCGAAGAACAAGCAACAGGGUCACGAGGAGGACUAUGCGCUGGGGAAGGACUGUAUUAUGCAUGGAUACAUGCUGAAGCUGGGAAACCCUUUCCUGACACAGUGGCAACGCCGAUAUUUCUACCUGUUUCCCAACCGUGUAGAGUGGAGAGGAGAGGGAGAGUCCAGGCAAAACCUGUUGACGAUGGAGCAGAUUGUGACUGUGGAGGAGACGCAGAUUAAGGAGAAAAAGUGCAUCCUCUUAAGGAUUAAAGGAGGCAAACAGUUCGUCCUGCAGUGUGAGAGUGAUCCGGAGUUUGUGCAGUGGAAAAAAGAGCUGACAGAGGCCUUCACCGAGGCCCAGAAACUUCUGCGUCGAGCUCCCAAAGUGAUCGGCAAAGGCCGUGCAAGUGUGGUGGAGCUGUCCAAACCCCCACUCACCCACCGCAAUAGCAACGGCCUGUGAGACCCCCACUCACUGUGCCCCCCCCCUCCCCCUUCCCCACACAGACCCACGCUUGCCCCUCCCCAACUCCACCCCAGCACCCAGGGACACAAGUCACAUCUCACCCUUGUCAUCAAUCUGGAUGGUGCUGCUGGACCAAGGCCUGUGCUCCUGCUCCCUCCAAUUCUCUCUCUGCUA